AUGGCCGAGAUCGUUAAGGCAGUAGUGCCGAUCGGGGGCUCGAGUCCUGCCUCGGCCAUUGUUGUGUGUUUCGUGAUUGUGUGUGUUGUGUGUGAACAGAACUUGCGCCACGAGCGUUUAUCUGGUGAGCUUGUCGGCGUACUUGGCGACGAACACGCCCUGCGGGUCCCACUUGGCCUGCAGCCGCUCCCAGAACUUCACCACCUUGUCGGUGCCGCUCUUCUGCUUGUCGGUGCAUUUGCCGCAGCCGUUGGUGAGCGCGAACGGCGCUGCUCAUUCCGGUGCCGACCUACACGGCUAAUGGUUUUCCCCAACCAGGUAUCUCCCAUCAACCGGCCUUCGGCCUAG